ACAGACACCAGUUUGGCUUCACUUGACUGGAUUCAGGAUUCUUUAUUUCUGGACUCCAGUGAUCUGCCUCCUUACAUAACCUUCCUGGAUAGUUUCUGCAUCUCUUCGAAAUCAGAUCAUCUCGUUAUCCAGCUGCAUCAUGUCAACUAAACUAGUUUUAAGUACCUAUGAUGUCCUGUGGCAAGACAACCAGGAUGUUGCCGAGCAGUCCCUUAAGCAGCCAUUUCUGCAGCACAUGCAGUCGGGGGACCUGCAGGCUGAUGACUAUAUGAAGUUCAUGAUCCAGGACAUCAACUACUUGGUGAAGGUCACAGAGAUGCUGGAGGAGAUGUCUAAGAGAAACAUGGAAAAUGACAUCUAUUUGUUCAUGGUGGACAGAUACAAGAGCUACAAGAAGUAUCAGAAAGAAACACUUGCAAACUUCCACCUCGGGAGUGUGCCGGACGUCAAACCAAUCCCUGCCAUGGCCAAAUAUCUGUCUGACUACCGUACCAUCAUGAAUGAGGAAGAAGCCAUUUUCUUCGUUGUGGCUCUUCUUUCCUGUGAGGGGCUCCGGAUGUGGCUCGCCGAGCAACUGAAGGAAAGCAAGAGCAACCCCUACCUCACCUGGAAAUUCGUAAACAUUUACAGCCACCCGGCAGACCAUUUCAGAAAGCUUCUUGAUGACCACCUUAACUCCACUGAGCUGAUCCAAAAGGCCAGUGUGAUCUUCCGCCAGUUUAUGGAGAACGAGGACAGCGUCUUUAGGGCCUCUCUGCUUCCCAUACCACUGUAAGAAUGAGACCAGCAGCCUGUUUGCUCCUAGCAUAUAAGAGGGAUUAAUCUUCUUUCCUGAGUAGCAUGCAUAUAUCACGUUUAUACAGUUUUUAUUAACAGUCGGCUUUGUUAAGGAAGACCUA